CACUUUCUUCAUUCUUAAUUCUUAACUCAAAAACAACACCAUUCUCUGUAAUAUUCUCUCUCUAAAAUUUCAAUUUGAAACUCUCUCUCUCUCUCUCUCUCUAAAAUUCUACAUUUCUCUCUCUCAUCAAAACAAUGUCUUCUACUUCAUCUAUCAGAAAUCUUCUUCCUAGAUCAUUCUCUUCCAAGAGAAAAUCAACUUCAAACCCUAAAUUCCCAAAUCCAGAUACAGAAAAUACUCCUCCCACAGAUCCCAACAUCAUUCAGAUCAACCCUCAAAAGUCAUUGUCAAUCACAACCAAACAAUCACAGUCCAAACCCCCAAUUUCAAUUACCCCUCUUGACUCAGACCCAUCAGUGAAAGUUGUGGUACGAAUUAGACCUACUGUCAACAUUGGAAUAGGAGAUGAAACUGUUAAGAAGGUUUCUUCUGAUACAUUGUGUGUUGGGGGUAGGCAAUUUCAAUUUGAUUCAAUUUUUGAUACCAACACAAGUCAGGAAGAUAUUUUUCAGUCAGUUGGUGUUCCUUUGGUUAGAAAUGCUUUAGCUGGUUACAACACUUCAAUUCUAUCAUAUGGCCAGUCUGGAAGUGGAAAGACAUAUACAAUGUGGGGUCCCCCAAGUGCCAUGUUUGAGGAGCCCUCACCUCAAAGUCACAAAGGAAUUGUACCUCGGAUCUUCCAAAUGUUGUUUUCUGAGCUUGAAAAAGAGCAGGGUAUGUCUGAAGGGAAACAGUUCAAUUAUCAGUGUCGGUGUUGUUUUCUUGAGAUAUACAACGGACAAAUUGGGGAUUUACUUGAUCCAACCCAGCGGAACCUUGAGAUGAAGGUUGACUCAAAAAAUGCAUUGUCCUUAGAGAAUCUGAGUGAGGAAUAUGUCACUAGCUAUGAUGAAGUCACACAAAUUCUGAUUAAGGGUCUCUCUAGCAGAAAAGUUGGAGCAACAACCUUAAAUUCUAAGAGCUCUAGAUCGCAUAUUAUUUUCACUUUUGUGAUUGAGUCUUGGUGUAAGGGAACCUCAACAAAUGGUUUCAGUAGUUCAAAAAGUAGCCGAAUUAGCCUUAUUGAUGUUGCUGGGCAAGACAGGAACAAAGUUGAUGGCGCAGGCAGACAUUGUCUAAGGGAAACAAGAAAUAUAAAGAAAUCCUUAUCACAGCUUGGGCACUUAGUAGAUGCUUUGACUAAAGAACCUCGCUUGGGAAAAGCAGAAGUUCCAAACAGAAGCUCUUGUUUAACCCGUUUACUACAUGAAUCACUCGGUGGAAAUGCCAAACUCUCAGUAAUCUGUUCCAUCUACCCAGAUAACAGGAAUAAUAGUGAAACACUGCGCACACUCAGAUUUGGACAGCGAGUAAGAUUAAUUCAAAAUGAGCCUGUUAUCAAUGAAAUAAAGGAGGAUGAUGUUAAUGAUUUGAGUGAUCAAAUCCGACAGCUGAAGGAAGAACUUAUUAGAGCAAAGGCUGAUGUUCGAAGCUCAGAUGGGAGUAGAAAUGGAUACUUCCAUGUACAGAAUGUACGCGAAAGCCUCAAUAAUUUGAGGGUCAGCUUAAACCGCUCUCUACUCAUACCUAACAUUGAUGAUAAUGAUACUGAUGAAGAGGUGAAUGUGAAUGAGGAGGACGUAAAGGAAUUACGCCAGCAAAUUGAUGAGUUUUAUAGUUCAUGCGAAGGAAAUCCUAUUGAUAUAUCUGUCAGUGAAGAUUGUGUCCAGUAUUAUUCUGUUGAGGAAGGUGAUGAAAGUGAAAAAGAGGAAGUAUGUUUGGGAGAAGAAUUUAUCAAGCUUUGUCAUGAGGACAGUGAUGAUAACACCUUGUAUGCAUCAGUCAACAACACCUCAAGGGCCAUUAGAUCUUCAUUUAGAGAUAGCAUUUCAGUCAGCUCAUCUAUUCGAUCUCCAAUGCUUCUUGAGGAACCACAACUUUCUGAGUCUCCAAAAAUCAGGAAUUUACAGAGGAAGAGUGUGGCCUUUUCAUCUAGUUGUCUUGGAAGUUCAAACAAACUGGCGGAGGAUAAUUCAAGUUCCAAUAAGGAUUUGUUGGGGAAGUCAUUUACAAAGGAUGAACUUAUGAGAUCCUCACUAAGAUCAAGCAAUGUUUUUCCAGGUCCGACUGAGUCCUUGGCAGCAAGCCUUAAGAGGGGAUUACAGAUAAUUGAUUCUCAUCAGCGGAACUCAUUAUUGAACAAAUCCUCAACUUCAUUCUCUUUUGGGCGCUUAAGCUGUGGUGAUUCUUCUGAUCAAACAAUCCAACAGAAGAAAUAUUCCAUUGAUGAAAGAACUGCUACAUUGCUUUGUGGUUAUUGCCGCAAAAUAAUAUGUGAUCAGGAUUCCAAUGAGGUUCCAGGUAGCAUUGACACAGCCGAAUCAGGAAAUCCGGAUGGACUGACAGAUAAGGCUCCAAAGGGUUUGGAGAGUAUUAUGGAAAAAGAAAUCACGAGAGAAAAGGAGCUUGAGAAUGUUUGCAAGGAGCAAGCAGUUAGAAUCGAUGAACUAAAUCAAUUGGUGGAGAAACUUAAAGGAGAAAAAGAACUAAACUCCAUUGUUGUGUAUGGUAAAGAAAGCAGCAAGCAGGCUGAAGAUGCAGAAGAAUACAAGCUUCCGAGGGGCACUUCCUCAGACUGUGAUUUAGAAGAAAAAUAUGAAAUCAAAGAAGUCCGGGAAGAACUAACUCAAAGAAGCAUCUCUUUCGAUGCUACCGAGAAGGAAGAACUACUCAAGGAAAUUCAGAAUCUGAGAAGCAAGCUGCAAUUAUACAGUGAUGCACCAGUUAAAAUGUCCACUGACAAACUGAGAUCUUCGUUAAUGUCAAGAUCCAUUCAAUUGAGAAAAAGUGGUGUAUUUUCUCCUAAUAAUAAUGGUGGGGAAGAGCUAGAGAAAGAAAGAGAGAGAUGGACAGAAAUGGAAAGCGAGUGGAUUUGUCUUACUGAUGAACUAAGAGUUGAUCUUGAGGCCAACCGGCAGAGGGCAGAGAGGGUUGAGCAGGAAUUGAGGUUAGAGAAGAUGUGCACCGAGGAGUUAGAUGAUGCACUGAAAAGAUCAGUUCUUGGACAUGCUAGAAUGGUAGAACACUAUGUUGACCUCCAAGAAAAGUAUAACGAUUUGGUUGCAAAACACAAUGCUAUAAUGCAUGGCAUAGCCGAGGUGAAGAAGGCGGCAGCAAAGGCUGGAAAAAGGGGUCAUGCUCGCUUUGCCAAAUCGCUCGCUGCUGAGCUUUCUGCAUUAAGGGUGGAGAGGGAAAGAGAAGCAAAAUUCUUGAAAAAGGAGAACACAAGUCUCAAGAUUCAACUUAGGGACACUGCAGAAGCUGUUCAUGCAGCUGGAGAACUACUUGUCAGACUCAGAGAAGCUGAACAUGCAGCUUCUGUUGCAGAGGAUAAUUUUACAAAAGUGCAACAAGAUAACGAAAAGCUAAAAAAGCAAAUGGAUAAACUCAAAAGAAAGCACAAGAUGGAGCUGAUUACCAUGAAGCAGUACCUUGCAGAGAGCAAAUUACCAGAGUCUGCAUUGAAACAGCUAUAUAGAGAGGAUUCUGAUGUGGCACAGAACAAUACAACUCGUCACAAUCAGGAUGAUGAUCAGGCAUGGAGAGCUGAAUUUGGAGCAAUCUAUCAAGAGCAUUAUUAAUAAUUUGACAGUUGUUGAUUCGAUUAGUAGCCGAUGAGUUUGAAUUUGAUCCUACUUGGAUCAAAAUGUAUUCAUUCAUAAAUAGAUCACUUUAUAUUCUUUGUAUUCGUUACUUUAUAUUAUUUGUAUUCGUUUAAAUCAUUGUAUUCUUUAGGCAGUGUGAACAAUUGGUUUGUGCAACUUGGAUUCUUUAGGUAUAGUAAUAGCAUUGAUGGAAUGAUUGUUUUUACUGCUUUAA